AUGGAGGAGCAAAUGCAGCAGUUCAUGCGGCAGUACGAGGCGAUUGAACGCAAGCCCAGGUCGUCUGACGACCCUGUGGACCUGCAGAAGUGGCGCAUCCUCAACCGCCUGCACGACCGCAACGAGACCCUGUAUUACCGGAUCCUGAUGGACAACAUAGAGGAGAUGUCACGCAGCGUGUACACGCCCACCGUGGGCAUGGUGUGCCAGCGCUACGCCUCCCUCUUCCGCCGCCCACGAGGCAUGUACUUCAGCGCGAACGACCAGGGCGAGAUGGCCUCCAUGGUGCACAACUGGCCGUCCGACCAUGUGGAUAUCAUAGUGAUCACGGAUGGCAGCAGGGUGCUGGGAGUGGGCGACUGCGGCGUGCAGGCCGUGUCGGCGCCAGUGGGGAAGCUGGACAUGUACGUCGCUGCUGCUGGCAUCAACCCCAACCGGGUGCUGCCUGUAGUCUUCGAUGUGGGUACCAACAACAGCGAGCUCAUGAAGGACCCACUCUACCUGGGCCUGCGCCAUCCGCGCAUAGACGGCGAGGACUAUCUGGAGCUCAUAGACGAGUUCAUGGAGGCAGUUACCGCCCGCUGGCCUAACGUUAUUGUCCAGUUCGAGGACAUGGAGCGCAAGUGGGCGCACGUGCUGAUGGACCGCUACAGGCACCAGUACCGCACGUUCAAUGAUGACAUUCAGGGCACGGGGGGCCUGGCUGUGGCAGCGGUGACCAACGUGCUGAGGGCGCAGGAGCUGCCUCCUAGUGAACUGGCCAACUGCAAAAUGGUUGUGACCGGUGCUGGCAGUGCGGUGCAGGGCAUGCUGGUAGCACUUCAAAAGGCGAUGGUGGCACAUCUGGGGGAGAGCAAGCACAAUUACGUGCAGGCGGCUCGCAACUUCUGGAUCGUGGAUAACAAGGGCCUGAUGACCGAAGCGCGGGGAGCCGUACCCAACCAGCUACGGCCCUUCCUGCGGCCGGCAGCAGAGGCACGGGAGGAGGGGGGGCUGCAGGAGGGGGCGCACCUGGCAGCGGUGAUCAAGGCAGUGCAGCCACACGUUCUGUUUGGGCUGUCGGGCAAGCACCACCUGUUUGACAAGGAUGUGCUGAGAGCUGUGAAGAACAGUGGAGUACCCCGCCCCGCCAUCCUUCCCCUCUCCUGUCCUGCCAACCACUCAGAGUGCACGGCACAGCAGGCCUUCGAAGCCGUGGGUCCCAACGCCCUCUUCCUCUCUGGAGUCAGCUACCCUUCUGUCCGCUUCCCGGAUGGCAAGAUUGGCCAUUCCACCCAGGGCAACCACAUCUUCCUCUUUCCAGGCAUUGCGGCCGGAGCACUGAUAUCGGGCGCUCGCCUGGUGUCUGAAGGAAUGAUCCACGCGGCAGCCAACGAGGUGGCGCACUAUAUUCCAGACGAUGACGUCAAGAAGGGGAUUCUCUUCCCGUCGCUAUCCAGCAUCCGUGACAUCACAUCACACGUCGCAGUGGCUGUGGCUCGCAAGGCAGCAGAGGAGGGAUUGGCUGAGGGCAUUCCCAGCCUGCAUUCCGAUCAGCUGCUGACGCUUUCCAAGGAGGGUUUAAGGAAACAGGUGGAGAAGCGCACAUGGGUACCCGCGUACUCUCCACUCAUUUUUGGGGCGGAUUUGGCUAGAUAG